AUGACCACCAGCGCAAACGACCUCAGCAGCUUACAAAGGAAGAUCUGGGACGGUUCAAUCCCACUCGAGAUACGACUGGCGAGCGCCGAGUGCAGGACGUUCGACCAAUCCGACCCAUAUCUGAUACAGUUCCCACGCAUCUCCUACCUGCCCUUCCUCCUCCCGCGACUCCACGCCUUUUUCUCCCCCUCCCUCAUCAACCCUGACGUCUCGCCCUCGGACGGCUGGCUGUCCUACGAGGACGUGGCCCUAAAGUGGCAUUACCCACUGGGUCUGCUUUACGACCUGUACUCGGGCGCGGAACCUGCCCACCAGCCAGGCCGCACAAAUCAGCCUGGGGCGCUGCCGUGGAAGCUGGUUGUGCACUUUACGGAAUGGCCGGAUGAGCAGCUUAUCAGGCUGGAUGCUGAGGGCAAGAUACUGCAUGAUGCGUUUAUCAACAGCGUCAAGGAGGCAGAUUUCCUCCGCAACGGCAGCGCAAAGGCCAUAAUGAGCCUGAAGGUAGAAGAAUCGAUGGCGCUGUGGCAAGCGGUGGAGACCCACGAUCUAGCGCUGUUCAACUCGGUCAACCAGAAGCUCCUGAACCCGCCAGGCGUUCCGCUGCGGCACAUACCCAUCAAGAUAUACCUUCCGAGUAGCUCCGCCACUGCUAGCACCACAUCCGACACUACCGCAAUAGCUCCAGGUCACUUGAAGGUGGUGCAGAGCCUUGCCACGCCGAAGUUACCUUCCAGACAGCCGCAAACCCUCGGCACCGCGCUCAACGCGGUUCUGCCUACCGUCUUCGUCAGUCGCCGGAACGCGAUCCUGGCACAGCCGGUGCUGCACGGCGCGGUCGUGCCGCUGAGUGCGAACUUGGAGGAACUUGGCAAGGCCGCGGCGUACGCGGAUGGGUUUCUGCAUUUAGCGGUUGUGGUGAUGGGAUGA